GGUGGAUUGACGAUUAUCAGUUAUAAAAUAUUUUUCUCGGUUAUUUACAAUAACAAGUAUGUAAUGUUAUUUGGGCGUGAUUCUCAGCCGACAAACAAAAUUUCUCAGAAAGUUUUAUUGUGGUUUUCAAAGUAUAAUGUGUCAUGUGGAUUGUAUUAAUCAAAAUAGUGAAGUUAUGUGAAAAGUUGCUUUCAAACUUAUUUUUUGAGAACUGUGUUAAAUCAUUUAUUUUGAGUUAUAGGAAGUAAAUAAUAGAAAACAUGGUUCCUACUCCAUUGGAGUAUAAUCCAGAUUUCUGGAAGGAUAAUAAACAUGAAAUUCAGCUGAGUUGCUUGCUCCCUAAUGGUAUUUUUGUUUUACUACAAUGCCAUGAUGAAGAUACACUAGCAGACAUAAAAGAAGAUUUAUGGGAAGAAGCAGCCAAAUAUCCUUUAUAUGGCAAACUACAUGAUGUGUCUAUAUAUAAAUUCAUGUGUAUUAAUCAUAUGUCUGAAAGAGAACAUUUAACAGAUGAAACCAAGAAAAUUAGAGAUAUAAAACCUCAAGCUUGUGUUUUAAUUAUAACAGAAUACAAAGAUUCUGCUGAGGAUGUUUUAAAUACACAAAUAGGACAUAUUAUUGGCAAACGUCUGCAUGAGUUUGAUGAGUUAAGUAGCAGUGAAGUAAAUGAUUUUCGGUUUAAAAUGCGUAAAGUGGCAGAAGAUAUUGCUAUAGAUUCCCACCAUCAAUCAUGGGAAGAACGAUUAAUGUAUCAAUUUCCGCCUAGACUAGACAAAACCAGUCUUAUUUACAAAGAUAUUCUACAUUCAAUGAAAAACAUUAACAUAGCUUCAAAAAUAGCAGUCGAGCAUAGUGAAGUGUCGGAAAAAUAUCAAAGUUCUCAUACUUUUAGUGUUUCACCUCUUAUUGUACCCUAUAGAUUGCUAGAGAUGAUUUUGGCCAAAAAGGCAAUUAUUUUAAAGGAUAAAAAUGAUAAGGCUGACAAUUAUGUGUUGAAAGUUUGUGGACAAGAUGAGUAUUUUGUAGGAGAUUAUCCUAUUGUGCAGUUUCAGUAUAUUCAGGAUUCACUGUCUAGAGAAAUUAUUCCUAUGUUGGUUAUGGUUUCCAAGGAUUCAGUUCCACUAAUCAAGUUGAACAAUCCUUCAUUUGAAAUCAACGAAAAUAAACCAAAACCGUCAUAUUCAACUUUAACAUUAAGAAAAAAAGGCAAAUAUAAAUCAUCAUUGAACAUAGAAGAACCAUUUAGAUGCACCCUGUAUACAGUAAGCCGUUUAAAUUGCGACCCAAAAAAAGUUUCAGAGGUUGGCAUUCAAGUGGGCUUGUUUCACGGCGGCAAAUCGCUGUGUCAGCCGCAAAAAACCGACGAUCGCCAAAUCAAUGAAAGUUUCGAGACCACCUUUCAUCAAGAAUUGGUUUUCGACAUUGACGUGUGCAACAUACCUCGCAACGCAAAGCUGUGUUUUGUGGUCUAUGAAGUCAACAAGUACAGUAAGGGGACCAAAAAUCGAAAAAUUAAGGAAUCGGCAAAGGAUAAUCCGAUAGCGUGGGCCAAUACUACUGUGUACGAUUUUAAAAAUCAACUUAGAACUGGUUCAAUGACUUUGUAUUUUUGGAAUUUUGCUGAGGAUAUGAUGUCAGACGAAGGAUUUCAACCGUUAGGGACGGUAGUCAGUAAUCCGAACACCGGCUACGCCACAUCCUUGACCUUGAGUUUUUACACCUAUUCCGAAGAUUCUCAAUUUAUUUUUGUACCAUCUGACUCAAAUUCAAAUUAUGAAAAGAUAGACAUUAACCCCAUAGUUCCUAACGCCAUUGAUAUUGAAAAUUGCAAAAAAAUCUUACAAGAAAUUGACAAUUCUUGCGAGAUCCACGAACAAGACCGAAAGAACAUAUGGUACAUGCGCGAAUAUUGGUUGCAAAACCAUCCGGAAGUCCUUCCGAAAUUGCUGAUGUGCAUAGAUUGGGACAAACGAGAGGAAGUGUUCGAAGUAUCGUCGCUGCUGCAAAAAUGGCCGCUAUUGCCCGUCGAAAAAUCCUUGGAACUCCUCGAUUACGCCUACGCUGAUCCGGAAGUGCGCAGCUUUGCUGUCAAAUGCCUCAAAGAUGUCAGUGAUGAAGACCUGCUCCUCUACCUCUUGCAACUCGUGCAAGCCAUAAAGCACGAGCUCUUUCUGGAGAGCGACCUGACCAAGUUCCUCAUCCAGCGCGCCCUAAACAACCAGAAAAUCGGCCACUACAUCUUCUGGCAUCUGCGCAGCGAGAUGCAAGUGGCCGCCGUCUCUGUGCGUUUCGGUCUGAUGUUGGAGGCGUACUGCAGGGGGCGUCCCGAGCACAUCCCAGUGCUGCAGAAGCAAUUGGAGGCGCACGAGAAGUUCAAAAAGGCGACGGAGAUUGUGCGCGCGCGCAAAGACAAGGAAAAAGCCAAGGCUGUAUUGAGGGAGUACCUGAGCGAAAGCGACACCAUGAAGACCAUGUCCGAUCUGCGCAGUCCGCUCGAUCCUACUUUCAGGUGUUCGAAGAUCAGGGUGGAGAAGUGCAAGUUUAUGGACAGCAAAAUGAGACCGUUGUGGAUCGUUUUCGAAAACUGUGAUAAAUACGGGGAAGAUGUUUACGUGAUAUUUAAAAACGGCGACGAUCUUAGACAGGACAUGCUGACGUUGCAAAUGCUUAGGAUCAUGGACCGCUUGUGGAAACAGGAAGGGCUCGAUUUAAGAAUGAACGCUUACAAUUGCAUAUCGAUGGAGCACCGUGUCGGCAUGAUCCAGGUGGUGUUAAACGCAGAAACGAUAGCCAACAUCCAAAAGGAAAAGGGCAUAUUUUCGGCGACGACCGCCUUCAAAAAGGGUCCCAUUUUAGACUGGUUAAGAGAUAACAACAGCACGGAAUCGGAGCUUAACAAGGCGGUAAAUGAGUUCACGCUGUCCUGCGCCGGCUACUGUGUCGCCACCUAUGUGCUUGGAAUCGCCGACCGGCAUUCAGAUAAUAUUAUGGUCAAGAAGAGUGGACAGCUUUUCCACAUCGAUUUCGGGCACAUCCUCGGCCACUUUAAGGAAAAAUUCGGCUUCAAACGUGAACGCGUACCUUUUGUCCUCACUCACGAUUUUGUCAAUGUUAUCAACAAAGGACAGAAAAACGCUUCGGAGUUUCACAAGUUUCAGGAAUACUGCGAAAAAGCCUUUAUGAUUCUCAGAAAACACGGAAACUUAAUUUUGUCCCUAUGUGCAAUGAUGAUUUCAACCGGUUUGCCGGAACUCAGCUCGGAAAAAGAUCUCAACUAUUUAAGGGAAACUUUGGUUCUUUCAAAAACCGACGAAGAAGCUUUGAGCCACUUUAAGCUUAAGUUUGAUGAAGCUCUUACAAAUUCGUGGAAAACGUCAAUAAAUUGGGCCACACAUAACAUAGCAAAAAAUAACAAGGCGUAAAUUAAAUUCUAGUAGGUUAUAAGCAGACAAAAUACUUUUAAACAAACUGGCGCAAAAUAACCGCAAUGGGCU